UUGGCUGCAUAAAUGUCUUCUUUUGAGAAGUGUCUGUUCAUAUCCUUUGCCCACUUUUUGAUGGGGUUGUUUGUUUUUUUCUUGUAAAUUUGUUGGAGUUCCUUGUAGAUUCUGGAUAUUAGCCCUUUGUCAGAUGAGUAGACUGCAAAAAUUUUCUCCCAUUCUGUAGGUUGCCUGUUCCCUCUGAUGGUAGUUUCUUUUGCUAUGCAGAAGCUCUUUAGUUUAAUUAGAUCCCAUUUGUCAAUUUUGGCUUUGGUUGCCAUUGCUUUUGGUGUUUUAGACAUGAAGUCCUUGGCCAUGCCUAUGUCCUGAAUGGUAUUGCCUAGGUUUUCUUCUAGGGUUAUUAUGGUUUUAGGUCUAACAUUUAAGUCUUUAAUCCAUCUUGAAUUAAUUUUUGUAUAAGGUGUAAGGAAGGGAUCCAGUUUCAGCUUUCUACAUAUGGCUAGCCAGUUUUCCCAGCACCCUUUAUUAAAUAGGGAAUCGUUUCCCCAUUUCUUGUUUUUGUCAGGUUUGUCAAAGAUCAGAUGGUUGUAGAUGUAUGGUAUUAUUUCUGAGGGCUCUGUUCUGUUCCAUUGGUCUGUAUCUCUGUUUUUGUACCAGUACCAUGCUGUUUUGGUUACUGUAGACUUCUAGUAUAGUUUCAAGUCAGGUGGCAUGAUGCCUCCAGCUUUGUUCUUUUGGCUUAGGAUUGACUUGGCAAUGCGGGCUCUUUUUUGGUUCCAUAUGAACUUUAAAGUAGUUUUUCCCAAUUCUGUGAAGAAAGUCAUUGGUAGCUUGAUGGGGAUGGCAUUGAAUCUGUAAAUUACCUUGGGCAGUAUGGCCAUUUUCAUGAUAUUGAUUUUUCCUACCCAUGAGCAUGGAAUGUUCUUCCAUUUCUUUGUAUCCUCUUUUAUUUCAUUGAGCAGUGGUUUGUAGUUCUCCUUGAAGAGGUUCACAUCCCUUGUAAGUUGGAUUCCUAAGUAUUUUAUUCUCUUUGAAGCAAUUGUGAAUGGGAGUUCACUCAUGAUUUGGCUCUCUGUUUGUCUGUUAUUGGUGUAUAAGAAUGCUUGUGAUUUUUGCACAUUGAUUUUGUAUCCUGAGACUUUGCUGAAGUUGCCUAUCAGCUUAAGGAGAUUUUGGGCUGAGAUGAUGGGGUUUUCUAGAUAUACAGUCUUGUCAUCUGCAAAGAGGGACAAUAUGACUUCCUCUUUUCCUAAUUGAAUACCCUUUAUUCCCUUCUCCUGCCUGAUUGCCCUGGCCAGAACUUCAACACUAUGUUGAAUAGGAGUGGUGAGAGAGGGCAUCCCUGUCUUGUGCCGGUUUUCAAAGGGAAUGCUUCCAGUUUUUGCCCAUUCAGUAUGAUAUUGGCUGUGGGUUUGUCAUAGAUAGCUCUUAUUAUUUUGAGAUACGUCCCAUCAAUACCUAACUUAUUGAAAGUUUUUAACAUGAAGCGUUGUUGAAUUUUGUCAAAGGCCUUUUCUGCAUCUAUUGAGAUAAUCAUAUGGUUUUUGUCGUUGGUUCUGUUUAUAUGCUGGAUUACAUUUAUUGAUUUGCGUAUGUUGAACCAGCCUUGCAUCCCAGGGAUGAAGCCCACUUGAUCAUGGUGGAUAAGCUUUUUGAUGUGCUGCUGGAUUCGGUUUGCCAGUAUUUUACUGAGGAUUUUUGCAUCGAUGUUUAUCAGGGAUAUUGGUCUAAAAUUCUCUUUUUUUUGUUGUAUCUCUGCCAGGCUUUGGUAUCAGCAUGAUGCUGGCCUCAUAAAAUGAGUUAGGGAGGAUUCCCUCUUUUUCUGUUGAUUGGAAUAAUUUCAGAAGGAAUGGUACCAGCUCCUUCUUGUACCUCUGGUAGAAUUCGGCUGUGAAUCCAUCUGGUCCUGGACUUUUUUUGGUUGGUAAGCUAUUAAUUAUUGCCUCAAUUUCAGAGCCUGUUAUUGUUCUAUUCAGAGAUUCAACUUCUUCCUGGUUUAGUCUUGGGAGGGUGUAUGUGUCGAGGAAUUUAUCCAUUUCUUCUAGAUUUUCUAGUUUAUUUGCGUAGAGGUGUUUAUAGUAUUCUCUAAUGGUAGUUUUAUUUCUGUGGGAUCGGUGGUGACAUCCCCUUUGUCAUUUUUUUAUUGCGUCUAUUUGAUUCUUCUCUCUUUUCUUCUUUAUUAGUCUUUCUAGCGGUCUAUCAAUUUUGUUGAUCUUUUCAAAAAACCAGCUCCUGGAUUCAUUGAUUUUUUGAAGGUUUUUUGUGUGUCUCUAUUUCCUUCAAUUCUGCUCUGAUCUUAGUUAUUUCUUGCCUUCUGCUAGCUUUUGAAUGUGUUUGCUCUUGCUGCUCUGGUUCUUUUAAUUGUGAUGUUAGGGUGUCAACUUUAGAUCUUUCCUGCUUUCUCUUGUGGGCAUUUAGUGCUAUAAAUUUCCCUCUACACACUGCUUUGAAUGUGUCUUAAAGGGACUACCAACCAAUAAUUCUAUAUCCACCAAAAGUAUCUUUCAAAAAUGAAAGAGAAAUUAAGAUAUUACCAAAAAACAAUAAGUGACUGAUUACACUGGUAGCAAACCUACUCUACAAAGAAAUAUUAAAGGUAGUCAUUUGGGCUAAAAUAAAAGGACACCAAUAAGUAACUUUAAUCCACAUCAAAAAAUAAAAGCCUCAUGAAGGGAAAGUAACUUAUAGGCAUAUAUAUAUAUCUAGGGAACUAUUAAUGUGUUUUUAUUUGUAAAUUUUUUAUUGAAAAGAACACUGCAUAAAGCAAUAAUAAUCAAUCUAUGUUCAUAGGUAUAUAAUUUGUAAAGAUGUAAUUUGUAUGACAAUGUAACACAAAGGAGGGGAGAGAUAACAUAGCUAUAUAGAAACAAAAUUCUAUAUACUAUUGAAAUUUAAUUGAUAUUAAUCUGAACUAGAUUGGUAAAAGAUGUUCACUUUAAUAAUCAGAGAAACCACCAAGAAAAUAACUAAAAAAGGUAAAAAAAAUUGAGAAGUCAAUUAAAAUGGUACCCAAGAAAAUAUGUGUUUAACACAAAAGAGAACAAUGAGGAAAUAAAAUAAUAAGACGUAGAAAACAAAGCAAAUUGCCAAUAUAAAUCUACCUUAUCAGCAACUAUGUUAAAUGUGAAUGAAUUACACACUCCAAUUAAAAAGCAGAAGUUGGCAGAAUGGAUUUUUAGAAAUGAUCCAACUCUAGGCUGUCUACCAAGGGAAACUUUAGAUUCAAAGACACACAUACGUCGAAAGUAAAAAGAUGGAAAAAGAUACACUAUGUAGAUAGUAACCAAAAGAGCUAGAAUGCCUACAUUAAUAUCAAGCAAAAUAUACUAUAAAACAAACACAAAAGUUACUAAAAAUGAAAAGUUAAGGAGGGGAAUUUUAUAAUAGUAAAAGGGUCAAUCCAUUAGGAAAACAUAAUAAUCAUAAACAUAUAUGCACCUAAUAAGAGAAACCGAAAAUAAAUGGAGCAAAAAGAGACGCAAAUGAAAAGUUAGACAAUUUGACAAUAAUAGCUGAAGACUUUAAUACCACAAUUUUCAAUAAAUGAUAAAACAAUGAAACAGUAUCAACAUGAGAAAAGAAGACUUGAAUAAUGUUAUAAACCAGCAGUACUUAACAGAACACUCCAUCUAACAACAGCAGAAUACACAUUAUUUUCAAGUGCAUAUGAAACAUUCUCCAGGAUAGACUAUAUUUUAGGCCAUAAAACAAGUCUUAAUGAAUUUGAAAGAGUUAAAAUCAUAUAAAGUAUGUUUUCCAGCUACAAUGAAAUGAAAUUAGAAAGCAUUGGCAGAAGAAAAUUUGGGAAAGUCACAAAUAUGUGGAAAUUAAACAUUUAAAAAAACAAUGAAUCAAAGAAGAAAUCACAAAGGACAUUAAAAAAUACUCUGAAAUGAAUAAAAAUGAAAAUGCAACAUACCAAAACUUAUGGGAUACAAUAAAAGUUGUGCUUAGAGGGAAAAUAAUAGCUGAAAUACCUAUAUAUUUUAAGAAGAUCUCAAAUCAGUAACCCAGACUUCCACCUUAAGAGGCUAGAAAAAGGAGAGCAUACUAAAACCAAUACAAGCUGAAGAAAGGAAAUUAUUAGAGUGGAAAUAAAUAAAACAGAAUAGAAAAACAAUGGAGAAAAUAAACUAAAAGUUGGUGCUUUGAAAAGAUCAAUAAAAUUGGCAAAGCUUUAGCUAGGCUGAUGAUGAAAAAAGAGGACUCAAAUUACUAAAAUUUAAAAAAAGGAGGAAAAAGUAUGACCUAUUUCACAGGUCUUAAGGGAAUACUAUAAACAAUUUUAAGCCAACAAAUUAGAAAACCUAGAUGAAAUGGAAAAAAAAAACCCUGGAUUAAAUGGAAAACACAAACUACCAAAAUUGACUAAGGAGAAAUAGAAAAUGUGAAUAGACCUGUAAUUGCCAAAACUGACUAAGGAGAAAUACUAGGUUGUUGCAAGAGUAGUUGUGGUUUUGCCAUCACUUUCAAUGGCAAAAAACACAAUUACUUUUACACCAACCUAACAAAAAACCUGAAUAGACCUGUAAUAAGAGAUCGAACCAGUAAUCAAAAACUUUCCACAAAGAAAAGCCCAGAACCAGAUGGCUUCACUGGUCAAUUCUACCAAAUGUUUAAAGAAGAAUUAACACCAGUACUUAAUAUACUCAUUCAAAAAAUAGAGGAGCAGGGACCACUUUUCAACUCUAUUCUGUAGAGGCCAGUAUUAACAUGAUGACAAAACCAGACAGUGAUAACACAAGGGAAAAAAUACAUACCAAUUUCUCUUAUGGAUAUAGAUGCAAACAUUCUCAACAGAAUUUUGGCAAACUGACUCUAGUAUCACAUAAAAAUGAUUACAUACCAUGGCCAAGUAGGAUUUAUCUCAGGAAUGCAAGGUUGGUUCAGCAUGUUAAAAUCAAACAAUGAGCCAGUUGCAGUUGUUCAUAUCUGUAAUCCCAGCAUUUUGGAAGGCCAAGGUGGGAGGAAUGCUCGAGGCCAGGAGUUCAAGACCAGGAUGAUCAACAUAACAAGACCCCAUCUCUACAAAUUUUUUUAAAUUAGCUGAAUGUGGUGGCUUGCACCUGUAAUCCCAGCUACUCAGGAGGCCAAGGCAUGAAGAUUGCUUGAGCCCAGGAGCUCGAGGCUGCAGUGAGCUAUGAUGGUGUCACUGCACUCCAGGGGCCUGUGUGACCUUGUCUCAAGAAAAAAAGAUUUAAAAAGGGAUUUGAAUAUACCUAGUCCUAAAGUUAAAAAUGUUAAAUUCAUACUAUUUUGAAUAGUCUAUUUUAAAAAUGAAAGAGUAUUUUUAAAACUUCACCAUGACUUGAGGAUGGUUUUGUUCUUACUUUGAAAGGGGAGAAUAGAGGAAAAUUAAACAUUAAUUUUUGAGAGAAAGAGAUAAAUUUGACUAUUAUUUCUUUAAAUCAUAUUUCCAAUAGCACUAUUUCAAAAUGUUAAGCUCUCAAUAAUAAGUGGUUACUAUCAAUGGUUUGUGGAAUUUAUUAGAAAUUCUUAUAAAAGGAAUGAUCUCCUGGAAUGUUCUAUUAAAUGGGUACAAUAGAUACAUCAGCUGACCAUUUGAAUGAAAUAGCUGUAAAGCAAACAAUAGUGCUCAGUGGUGAAAGCAAAGUAAAUUUUACAUUAGCUAACUUUCCAAACUUAAACCUAUAAGAUAUUUUUAAAGUCACACUCACUGAAAUGUACAUGUAGGAAGGGGAUACUUGAAUAAUUAGAGUUUGACUUGAGAAAUUUGUGAUGGAAUCUAAGAUAAUUUCUAAUAAUUUUUUCUAGAAUAAAAAUAGCAUUUAUAAGUUUAAUAUAUCAAAAUAUUCAAAUAUGUGAUAUAUAACUUAGAAUAUAUCUUUACAAUCAGAAAGUGUGGGCUUUUCAACUUUGUUCCUCUUUUCCCAAGAUUGUAUUCUGGGUACCUCGCAUUUUCAUGUGAAUUUUACGGUCACUUUACCAAUUUCUGCAAAAAAGCCAACUGAAAUUUUGAUAGGGAUUGCACUAAAUCUGUAGAGCAAUUUGGAGCAUACCAAUAUUUUAACAGUCUUAAGUCUUCCAAUCCAUGAACACUUUUCAUUUACUUAGAUCUUCUUUAAUUUCUUUCAAUGAUGUUUUGUAGUGCUCAGUGUUCAGUUCUCCCACUUCUUUUGUUAAAUUUAUUCCUAAGCAUUUUAUUCCUUUUGAUGAUAUCUAUUAUAAAUUCCAUUGCCUUCUUGAUUUCAUUUUUGAUUUGUUCAGUGCUACUGUAUAGAAAUACAAUUGAUUUCUGUAUAGUGAUCUUGUAUUCUGCAACCUUGCUGAACUCAUUUAUUUAUUUUAGUAGUUUUUGGUUUUAUUUUUUUUAGAAAGAGUCUCACUCUGUCACCCAGGCUGGAGUGCAGUGGCACAGUCAUGGCUCACUGAAGCCUCAAUCUCCCAGGCUCAAGCAAUCCUCCCACCUCAGCCUCCCAAGUAGCUGGGACUACAGGUGCAUGCCACCACCUCUGGAUAUAUUUUUUUUUUUUUGUAGAGACAGGAUCUUGCUAUGUUGCUCAGGCUGGUCUCAAACUCCUGACCUCAAGUGAUCCUCCUGCUUGGCCUCCAAAAGUGCUGGGAUUACAGGCACGAGCUGCCAUGCCCAGCCUCAAAUUUCUUUAAAAUGAUUUUUAUCUUUCUUCAAUGAUAAGGUUCUUGCCUAUAUUUUACCAGAGAGCAACUAGUUUCCUGCGUAUCCCUCUAUUUUAUCUUUCUUUGUAUAUUUAAAAUGAAAAAAAAAUUAAAUAUCAUGCUUCAGAUCUGGCAACCAAUUAUGUAAAUAGUCAUAUGAAUCCUUCAGAAUGGAUAACACAGCUUUUCUGACUGGUAUGAAAUAGUUUUCAGGUGCUCAUUCUUUACUUCAUUAGCUUAUCUUAUAUCAUUAGCUUAUCCUCCAUUCAGGUGUAACAGAUCUUUUUUUUCUGAUAAAUAUGGCAGUUUAGGGAAAUAAACUAUGGCAUAAUAUGCUAGGCCAUUCUUCUAGGCCACGCUUCUUGAUUGUAACCUUAAACCCUUUAUCAGAACCUAAACAACUUUUCAAAAGAUCUAUACAUAUUUUUAUGCAAUGUUUAAGGCUAUGAGUAAUUCAUUAUGUCACUCUUCAUUUUUUUCACCUGAUAAUGAUCUCGACAAAAAUGUUGAGUAUUAGUUUUCCUUCCAAUGUGUAAGUUGUAUAAACAUCUCUCUUUACUGGUAACUAACUAUCUCUAAAGGGAGACAAGUAAUUUUUAAGUUUCUAAUAAUAAUUGAAAAUUUGAAUAUAAAUAUAUUUCACCUAUGAUAACCAUGUACCCAAGGCAAGGCUGAAGUUGGGAUCUAAAUUAUCUGAAAAGUUGUUCACCUCUCCAGCUCUGCUUAGGUAUAGAAAAGAAUGGUUUCUGGAGUCACAUAGUAACAGUUUAAAUCCUGGCUCUGCCAUUUCACAUGCUGUAUGACUUUGGACAGGUUAUUUAAACUCUGUGUGCCACAAUUCUUUGUCUUUAAAAUGUGGCUAAUAAGACUGCCCACCUCAUAGGGUUGUUGGGGUGAUAAAAUGAGUCAACAUAUGCAAAAUGCUUAGAAAAAUAUCUGGUGUAUAGUGGAUAUAUAUGUUAAUGUUAUUGAGAUUUCAUUUACUUUUGGAUUGCAAAAGGAACUGAAAAGACCCAAUUCUUACUCUAUGUCAACAUGUAGGAAUAAGUAAACAAAAUAUGGUUUGAAUUUUGUCCUGAAUGCAUUAACUUGAAUCUAACUAAAACCUGGUUACCAUAUUAGAAACAAUUUUCUCUUUGAUUUGCCCAGGAGAUUUGUUUUCCAGUUAUGUCUAAAAUAAUACUCUUUCUUUUUAUUCUUUGCAGUAUAUAUUUUUAUUGUUUUUCAUUUAAUAGUGAUGCAUAGUGUAUCUUUUCUGAUUUACUUUAAAUGUGAAAGAAAAUUCUAAGAUGUUAAUAUUAUUACUGCCAUUGAUAUAUCCCUUAUAGGAAUUAAUUAAUAGAAAUAGAAUCAAAGUAAAUUUAGUUAUAUAAUGCUUAGCAUGUAUUAUAUUCUCAAAAUUCUGUAUUCAGUUUCAGACAUGUUCAAGGCUGAAUAUAUGAUCUGACAAUAAUCUGCUUAUAUAGAUAAAAACAUCGUUUGAGUGGAUUAAUUUAUUAAUUCAACUGGUAUUUACUAAAUAAAAUCCAUGUAUCUUUCAAAAAUUUUUACUAAUAACUUUCUAUCACUAUCAGAAUCUGAAAUCUCAGAUUUCAUGCUUUAAAAAGAAUUAAUUUAAUAUGAAUUAUAAAUUAUAAUUACUUAUAUGAAUUGGAUAAUUAAAUAAAAUAACAAGAUAUUUAAGGGGAGAAAAUCUUAUAUGUUGCAAGAUAAGUGGUGCUCCAUUCAGUGUAUUAAUUGCAACCAAUAAAUUGGUUAACUGUGUCUCAGUGGUACCAUUCUUUCUUAUUGUUUGAGAGUAAUCACAGUAGCUACACACUGUGGUGGGAUCCAUUUUAUACACAAGUCUCUUUACUUCACCAUAUCUGAGUAGAGACAGCCUAAGUCACCCUUUGGUCACAGAAUAAAAUAUUUUAAAUCAGUGCUUCUUGUUUUCCCCAAAAUUAGCUGGUCAAGGAAUAUGAUAUCUGGGAUACAAAAGGUGAGUGUGGUAACAGGCAAACUCAUUGUAAAAUAUAGAUUACAUCUAUCUUGCUAAAUAAGCUCAGCUUAAAGCCUUUAACUUCACAAAAUUCUGUGACUGUUACUCACUUUUGUCUUGACAUUAUCCUCAUAAUAGUCACAUAGAAUAAUCAAGUCCUGUUACCCUCUGAGCUUCAGUUUUAGUUUCCUUAUCUUUUAUUUCCUCUUUAGUUCUAAGAAUCUGUGAUUCUAAUACUAUUUGCCUUACUCCUAGGUUCAAUGUAGGUUCACACUAUAAAUUACUUGAUACAAAACAAGAUACCUGUCUAUUCAUCUGUAUUACUAUUUGCACAUUAAAGUAGGAAAAUAGAACCUUUCGUUUCAAAGGUAGUCCCGCUUUAGACCAUGUAUAGAGAACAUCUUAAACUUUUGCAUCAUCACAAAGUCCUCACAUUCUUAGAAAAGAACAUUUAUAACUACUAAGAAUUGAAUUGAAAGUGUAUAAAAAUUUGUCUCCUGUGGUUGGAUUAUGUAAAGAAGAAAUGGAGUUCUUUGAAGUUUCACUGAUAAGCGUGUGGGGAGUCUGAGAUAUCUUCUUGAUUUGUGCUCAUGAUUAUUCUGGUUCGUGCACUGUAAUGAAAUAACCUUUUAAAUUAUGCAGUUUAAUGUAACAAAGUUUGUAAAAAUUCUAUGCUCUUAAAAAUGGCUUUUAUUUUAAAACUUCCCAAAUACGCUGUCUUGAAGUUGUUAAUUUCUCAAUCAAGACGCAGGGUGGCGCUGCAGGCUAAGUUGUGAAUAAUGAGCCCUAAAAAGCUCGCGCGUAUUCUUUUGUGUCGCUAGACGCAAUCAAAAACACACGGAAGAAGCGUUACAAGCAGUGCAGGUUUACCAACGGCUUGGGGCAGCGAUAUACUAAACAAAUUUAGUAUUAAAAGCAACUGUGUGACGAUUCCUCCAAACAAGAAAUUGGAAUUGAAUGUCUCAAGUCUCGUUGCGGUUGCUGAAGGGAUUGGAUAUACGGACCUGGACUCCAACAUGAAGAAGCUAGGGAGAAUUCAUCCAAACAGGCAAGUGUUGGCCUUUAUUUUGAUGGUGUUCUUGUCUCAGGUUCGCCUCGAGCCUAUUCGUUAUUCUGUGUUGGAGGAAACAGAGAGCGGCUCCUUUGUAGCCCAUCUGGCCAAGGAUCUGGGCCUGGGAAUUGGGGAACUGGCCUCCCGGUCAGCCCGGGUGCUGUCUGACGAUGACAAGCAGCGUUUGCAGCUGGAUCGUCAGACUGGAGAUUUGCUUCUGAGGGAGAAACUAGACCGGGAAGAGCUCUGUGGUCCUAUUGAACCGUGUGUACUGCAUUUCCAAGUGUUCCUGGAAAUGCCGGUGCAAUUUUUUCAAGGAGAAUUAUUGAUCCAGGACAUAAAUGAUCACUCUCCAGUAUUCCCUGAAAGGGAAGUGCUCUUGAAAAUACUAGAAAAUAGCCAGCCGGGUACUCUAUUUCCGUUGCUAAUAGCUGAGGAUUUGGAUGUGGGCAGCAAUGGUCUUCAAAAAUACACAAUCAGCCCCAAUUCUCAUUUUCACAUUCUCACUCGAAAUCAUAGUGAGGGCAAGAAAUACCCAGAUUUGGUGCAGGACAAACCACUGGAUCGAGAGGAGCAGCCUGAGUUCAGCUUAACCCUCGUGGCGCUGGAUGGUGGGUCUCCACCUAGGUCUGGCACGGUCAUGGUUCGAAUCCUGAUCAUGGACAUCAAUGACAAUGCUCCUGAGUUUGUGCACACUCCAUAUGGGGUGCAGGUCCUGGAAAACAGCCCCCUAGACUCUCCAAUUGUUAGGGUCUUAGCUAGAGAUAUAGAUGCUGGAAACUUCGGGAGUGUUUCUUAUGGCUUAUUCCAAGCAUCAGAUGAAAUUAAACAAACUUUCUCAAUAAAUGAAGUCACGGGAGAAAUACUGUUGAAAAAAAAAUUGGAUUUCGAAAAAAUUAAAUCUUACCAUGUAGAAAUUGAGGCCACAGAUGGAGGAGGCCUUUCUGGAAAAGGCACUGUAGUCAUAGAGGUGGUGGAUGUGAAUGACAAUCCCCCAGAACUUAUCAUAUCUUCACUCACCAGCUCCAUCCCAGAAAAUGCUCCUGAGACCGUAGUCUCUAUCUUCCGAAUUCGAGAUAGAGAUUCCGGAGAAAAUGGAAAGAUGAUUUGCUCUAUUCCAGAUAAUCUACCGUUUAUUCUAAAACCAACUUUGAAGAGUUUUUACACCUUGGUAACAGAGAGACCACUGGACCGAGAGACCAGCGCUGAGUACAACAUCACCAUCACCGUCACUGAUUUGGGGACGCCCAGGCUGAAAACCCAGCAGAGCAUAACUGUGCAGGUCUCCGACGUCAAUGACAACGCCCCCGCCUUCACCCAAACCUCCUACACCCUGUUCGUCCGCGAGAACAACAGCCCCGCCCUGCACAUCGGCAGUGUCAGGGCCACAGACAGAGACUCAGGCACCAACGCUCAGGUCACCUACUCGCUGCUGCCGUCCCAGGACCCGCACCUGCCCCUCGCCUCCCUUGUCUCCAUCAACGCAGACAACGGCCACCUGUUCGCCCUCAGGUCGCUAGACUACGAGGCCCUGCAGGCUUUCGAGUUCCGCGUGGGCGCCUCAGACCGCGGUUCUCCGGCUUUGAGCAGCGAGGCGCUGGUGCGCGUGCUGGUGCUGGACGCCAACGACAACUCGCCCUUCGUGCUGUACCCGCUGCAGAACGGCUCCGCACCCUGCACCGAGCUGGUGCCCCGGGCGGCCGAGCCGGGCUACCUGGUGACCAAGGUGGUGGCGGUGGACGGCGACUCGGGCCAGAACGCCUGGCUGUCGUACCAGCUGCUCAAGGCCACGGAGCCUGGGCUGUUCGCCGUGUGGGCGCACAAUGGCGAGGUGCGCACCGCCAGGCUGCUGAGCGAGCGCGACGCAGCCAAGCAGAGGCUGGUGGUGCUUGUCAAGGACAAUGGCGAGCCUCCGCGCUCGGCCACCGCCACGCUGCACGUGCUCCUGGUGGACGGCUUCUCCCAGCCCUACCUGCCUCUCCCGGAGGCGGCCCCGGCCCAGGCCCAGGCCGACUCGCUCACCGUCUACCUUGUGGUGGCGUUGGCCUCGGUGUCGUCGCUCUUCCUCUUCUCGGUGCUCCUGUUCGUGGCGGUGCGGCUGUGCAGGAGGAGCAGGGCGGCCUCAGCGGGUCGCUGCUCGGUGCCCGAGGGCCCCUUUCCAGGGCAUCUGGUGGACGUAAGCGGCACCGGGACCCUGUCCCAGAGCUACCAGUACGAGGUGUGUCUGACAGGAGACUCUGGGACUGGUGAGUUCAAGUUCCUGAAGCCAAUAUUUCCUAAUCUCUUGGUUCAGGACACCGGGAGGGAAGUUAAGGAAAACCCCAAGUUCAGAAAUAGCUUGGUAUUCAGUUAAGUAUUGUAUUUAGUUCAGUGAACCGCCCGUUAGUUUUGUCAAACUUCCCACUGCAAUGCCUUUAUUUAAAAAAAUUGUCUACUUAUCUAAAUAUUCAUACCACAAUUUCAAACCUACUCAUGUCCCUGAUAAAGCUAAAUUUGUCCCUUUUUUAUUGUUAUUAAUUGCACUUAACAUUUUUAGUUAUACUGGGUAUUUAGUAUGGAUUUUCUCCAUAUUUGAUCUAUUGGUGAUUAAUCUUUUUGUAAUCAUAAAUUACUCAAUUAGGAUAAAAAUAAAUUAUGUCUUAAUGAAAUUCUUAAAUUAACAUCUUUUUAAUGGAACAUUUAAGUGAAUAUAUGAAUCUUGAAUUUCUAAAUAUUUGUUGUGCCUGUCUUUACCAUGUAACUUAAUGUUUGCAAGGCCAGAGUGUUUGAAAGUUUUGAACUUAACUUUAUAAUUACCUUGUCCUUUCUGGUUGACUAUACUAGGCUAAGCCCUCUUAAUAGCCAUGAGUGUAAAAUUUAGUUUACUCAUUUUUCACAAAUUGUAUAUAAACAUGCACUUCACUACAUUGGUAAUACACUAAAAUUGUGGUCCUUUUCCUCUUGUGACCACCACAUGUCUAGUGAUUAUUUUGUUUAUUUGGUUGCUACUUACCUAGCACAUUGUAAUGUUCCAUGAAUGCUAAUAUUAAAUUUUGUAAAAAUAACUUAUUUAUAAAUAAUUUUUAAAGAGAAAAAUCUCAUAUAAUUUGUCAUAAUCUUUCAAUAAAUAAAACUGUUAAAUCAUGGCCUGAUAUCAUCUUAAAAAAAAAUCUCAGAAUCUGAAAUAAGCCCUAAAUUUCUCCCCAAAAUCAAGACUCUUGAGAGCAUCAUAGGUCUCCUUGUGCUCCCUUUUACUCCCUAUAAAUAGAAAUCUAAGUAUACUUUAAUAUGUAUAUAUUUUUUGGUUUUCCUACAGCUUCUCCCCAUCUUUCAAAAGAAUCAUGAAAUUUCUUCUGCACCUUGGCUAUUCUGUUUAAAUCUGAUAAUCGGUUGAUCUCAGGUUUUUAACUGUACAUUACUUUGCAGAUAUGGACAGCCUUUACAAAAAUAAUUUUUAAAUGCUUAAUUAUUUUUAUCUGUUCUUUAAGGUAACCUUCAGUUAUUUUGAAUUAAUUUAACUUCUCAAUUAUGCCAAAGUUGCACUUGCAUGAAAUAAAUAUUAUUUUGUCCUUGUAUAGACUGGAACAGUAAUAAAUUUAUCUGAAUUAAAAUUGUUUUAUGCUGUGAUCAGUAAGCCCAGUAAGCUAGGUAAAGUUGUAUGGAUAUAACUAUAGGACACCUCUAUUUUACUUUUGGCAGAAUAUGAGCAACUGAAGAACUUGCUUUAUAAUCUAACAUUUAUUUUUAAAUCUCAAGUAUCAUCCUACUGGAGUUAAAUUACUUGCACUUUUCCUUGAAUUACUCUUUUUUUCUAAACGUGUAAUGAAAUAAAAAGGAAAAUUGACUGUUA